AUGGCUGUUGAAAAAUUGUAUGAAAGUGAUAAUUAUUUAAUCGUAAAUAAGCCUUACGAUAUGUAUAUCAACUCGGACGAUGAACAUGAGAAGAAUACAGUGACAUAUCAUAUUGCGUCACCGGACUCUCAUCUCUCGACUUCAUUAUUCCCUCUUCACUUCGUACAACGAUUAGACUACGCCACAAGUGGCGUGCUAUGUAUUGCCAAGAACAAAUCGUCUGCCGCGCAAGCGGGCAAACUAUUUGAACAGCGAAUAACGAAGAAGUAUUAUCUCGCUGUUGUAAGAGGUCAUGUAACGUUUGAAGUGGCUGACAUUGAGUUUAAUGUUGGGGUUGACCCGUCGACAGCGGACUCUAGUCACCGAAUGUCUGCGCUGACCACAAGUGAAGCGUCGGUGAGAUGUCUUCAGUCGCGACACGCACACACGCGUAGUCUACGGCUAGAAACAGGCUACUACGACAACAGCCCCGUCUCAGUUCUACUGCUAAAACCUAUUACAGGUCGCCGUCACCAACUGCGUGUGCAUUGCAGCGCAGUCGGGCACACAAUACUCGGUGACUACACGUACAGCGGCACAAAGGACAGCAUGCCGCACCGAAUGUUCCUACAUGCUACUAGGUUAGUGUUACCCCUUCCUGACGAAGAAUUGGACAUACAGACACCAGAACCUUUCUUCUUGGACCCAAGAUUUAGUUCUAAAUGGAAGUCCGAGACGGCGUAUUAUAAAUACCGAAGUAAAGAAGACUUUUUAGCCGUCUGCGAUAUUUUAGACAAAUCUUAUGUGAUAGGUGUGCAGUACAAAAUGUUUAAAAUGUAA